CUCGUGUCGUUUCCCGCCAUCACAAGGGUUUCAAUGGCGGCGGCGGCUUUAUGGCUGUUCGCGUCGGCGGUGAAGCUUGCCGGUGCCAUAGUAGCGGUGGCUGUUGCUGCCAAUGCCUUCUCGUACUCGCGCUUCCGCCGUGCCAACCUUCGCCAGUUCAAAUCCCCCAUCGAUGAGUCCUCUGAGGUCCUCGCCGACUUCCAAUCACUCCCGGCUGAUCAGAAGGGAGAAGAGCGGUUUUUCUUUGGUUUGGCGACUGCACCUGCGCAUGUUGAGGAUAAGCUCAAUGAUGCUUGGCUUCAGUUUGCCGAGGAACAACCUUGUGGUGAUUCUGAGCAUGCUCAGAGUCAGCAGCCCGUCGAUGAUGGUAGCUUUCAGCAAUCUGCUUUGGGCCAAGAUGAACAUAAAAAGGAUAACGUGGAGCAGACAAGAAAGCCUAUCAAGAUUGCCAUGGAGGCCAUGAUCAGAGGCUUUGAAAAGUACUUGGAUGAAGAAGAACACCCUAAGAGCAAAGAAUGCCGUCAUACUGUUGCAGCUUGGCACAAUGUCCCUCAUCCGGAUGAAAGGCUCAGAUUUUGGUCUGAUCCUGACGUUGAGUUGAAGCUUGCUAGAGAUACUGGUAUCACUGUCUUUCGUAUGGGAAUAGAUUGGACAAGGAUCAUGCCCAAAGAGCCUAUAAACGGCCUUCAGGAUACGGUUAACUUUGCAGCACUUGAGCGUUAUCGGUGGAUUAUUGAGAAAGUUCGUUCGUAUGGAAUGAAAGUAAUGCUCACUCUUUUUCAUCAUUCUCUUCCUCCUUGGGCUGGAGAAUAUGGAGGCUGGAAGAUGGAAAAAACUGUUGACUAUUUCAUGGACUUUACAAGGCUUAUAGUUGACCGUGUAUCAGAUUUGAUCGACUACUGGGUGCCAUUUAAUGAGCCUCAUGUAUUUUGCUUGCUAACCUAUUGUGCGGGUGCGUGGCCAGGUGGAAAUCCUGAUAUGAUUGAGGCUGCAACAUCUGCCUUACCAACUGGUGUUUAUAUGCAAGCUUUGCACUGGAUGGCUGUUGCUCAUUCAAAAGCCUAUGACUACAUCCACAAAGAAAGCAAAAACAUUGGGAAAACAAUAGUUGGAGUUGCGCAUAAUGUCUCUUUCACACGGCCGUAUGGUUUGUUUGAUGUUGCUGCUGUUACACUGGCUAAUUCACUGACGCUUUAUCCUUUUGUGGAUAGCAUUUGUGAUAAGCUAGACUUCAUCGGCAUAAACUAUUAUGGACAGGAAGUGAUAUCUGGAAUUGGCUUGAAACUUGUGGAUACGGAUGAGUAUAGUGAAUCAGGACGUGGGGUUUAUCCUGAUGGUUUGUUUCGGAUGCUACUUCAGUUCCAUGGAAGAUACAAGCAUUUGAAUUUGCCUUUCAUUAUAACUGAAAAUGGAGUUUCUGAUGAGACUGACUUGAUCCGACGCCCAUAUAUGUUGGAGCAUCUGUUAGCUGUGUAUGCAGCAAUGUUAAUGGGCAUUCCUGUGCUUGGUUAUUUGUUCUGGACAACAUCAGAUAAUUGGGAAUGGGCUGAUGGGUAUGGCCCGAAGUUCGGACUUGUUGCUGUUGAUCGUGCUAAUAAUCUAGCACGGAUUCCUCGUCCUUCAUACUCCUUGUUCUCUAAGGUAGCGAAAACAGGCAAAAUCGAAAAACAAGAUAGGUUGCGUGCUUGGAGAGAACUCCAAAUUGCUAUUAAAGAGAAGAAAACACGGCCAUUCUGCCGAGCGGUUGACAGACAUGGACUCAUGUAUGCAGGUGGUUUAGAUGUUCCAAUUCAGAGACCUUAUGUCCAGAGAGAUUGGAGGUUUGGGCAUUAUGAGAUGGAAGGUUUACAGGACCCCUUAAGUUGCCUUGCAAGAGCAAUCACAUCUCCCUUGUCUUUCAAGAAGAGUAAGGGUAACAAGCCCCAUCAAAUUGAAGAUGAAGAUGUUACUGUUCUUCAACCUCUUACCCUUUAGCCUACACACCUACACACACCAAACCAAAGCCAUACUUAAGAGGUUUGUGAAAUGUAAAUAAGAAAAUAUGUACCUAUUAGUAAGUAUGUUGCUAGUGUGUUUUGGUUGGAGAAUAGCACUCUGGGUAAAUAACUUUUUUAAGUUUGAAGUUGUUUUAAAGGAAAGUUUUAUAUAAA